AUGCGGAAGUAAAGAUUGUUGCGGUGUGCGCUUUCCUUGUGGUUAAUUCAUUUUCAUUUUCAAUUUUCAUAACUCAGCAGAUCAGGAAGACUGAUUUGGCCCUUUGGUAGUUUGUGGAGAACUUGCUAUGCGGGUGGCAGGAAUGGUGGAACGCUGACACUUUCUAAAAAUCAUUUUGAUAAUGACAACAAGAGCUUUUGGCUACAUCGAGCAAAGCUGCUGCAUCAGAGUAGAAGUUGCAACACAGCAACCGUGAGUCAUCUCACCAGCAUGAGCGCACAUCGAAGGCGACUGUCCAAAGUUCACUCCAGGCUAUUGUGCAAGCCUUCAGGGCUUACAUGAAAAACCAAAAAAGACACGCACAGCAGGUUCUUGGAGAAGGAGCAAUCAUGAAGACCAACACUUGGAGGCUCCUCGUUGUCCACUUGGUCUGUUCUGCCGUCACCGCCACUGCCAGCAUACCCAAUAUCGCCAAACACUUUGGCACCAAAGGUCGCUACGAGGAAGUCAACCCACAUCUUCUGGAGGACAUCCUUGCCGUCAACACCUCCGUCCUGCGCCCUCCGUCUCCGAGAUGUCGUCCGGUUCACCUCACCGCCAUCAUACGACAUGGCACCAGGUACCCGACCAGCGUCAUCUUCAAGGAGAUGCGGAAGAUGUACCAGGCGGUGAAGAGGGCCUCCUACGGGAAGGAGAGCUGGGUGCGGGAGAUCCAGACCCACUGGCAGAUGUGGUACACGGAGGAGAUGGACGGGCAACUGGCCCAGAAAGGGGUGGACGAUCAUAAGCAUCUGGCCAUCAGGCUGUCCAAGCUCUUCCCCUCCUUGCUUUCAGAGGAGAACCUCAGAGGAGGACUGAUUGGCUUUACAAGCAGCUCCAAGCACAGGUGCAUCAACAGCACCCUGGCCUUCAUGGGGGGCCUCACCCAGCUGUGGAACGUCCAAGACUUUCUCAUCACUCCAAGCACUGUCUUCAGCCCCCGUCACUGUCAUGCAGAUCAGAGGUUCCGCCUGGACGUCAACGACGCGCUCAUGAAGUAUUUUGAGCACUGCAACAAGUUUGUGGAGGAGGUGGUGAGGAACCCGUCAGCGCUGACGGAGGUGGACAAGUUCAAGGAGGGACCAGAGAUGAGGAAGGUCCGGGAGAAGAUAGCAGACCAACUCGGACUCUCUUAUGAGGACAUCACGUCUGACAUGGCCGACGCUGCCUUGAACCUCUGCGCCUACGAGCUAGCCAUCAAGACCCUCAACUCCCCCUGGUGUAUGCUCUUUGACCAGCAUGACGCUCAGGUGGUGGAGUACGCCAACGACCUUCGGCAAUUCUGGAAGCGAGGCUAUGGUUACGAUAUUAACAGAAAGUCCAGCUGUAUUCUUUUCCACGACGUCUUCAGUCGUCUGGACAAGACGGCGGAUGAGGUCAGGUCGGGCCAGCGCGUGAGUGAAGUGGCGACCAUCCAGGUGGGCCACGGUGAGACCCUCCUGCCGCUCUACACCCUCCUGGGCUUUUUUCAGGACCACCACGCCCCGACGUCGUCAAACUACGCCAACCAAAUCGGACGCGCUUUCCGCACCAGCGAGGUUCUACCUUACGCCGCUAACCUACUGCUGGCGCUAUACGACUGCGGCGCCGGCGACCUGAGGCUGCAGCCGCUGGUCAACGAGAAACCCGUGGCCUUUCCAGGACUGGCUGAGCAGACGGGUACCAUGCCGCUCUACCAGGACGUCAAAGACCACUACAAGGAACUCAUCCAAGGAUGCGAUUUUGAGACCGAGUGUGAGCUGUUCAACAGGACCCGUGUCAUGUAGACCUUCAUAGAAACAUACUGACUUCAUAGAUAGAAACAUAAUAAAGCUGUCUGACGCUAGCUCUUCAAAGU